AUGUUUGGGGAAAAGAAAAGUAAUGGAUGUGGUAACUGGUCGUACGAUCCUUUCAGCAACCAGCGCGAUGAUGUUCCCUCUCCAAAUCGCAUUGAAUUUAGGUCUCCUGUUAUCCCAUACAUUAGAACUCAUGCGGCAAUAUUACGUUCUAAUGUCGCUGGGGAUACUCUAGACAAAUCGCACUGGACUUGUGAUUAUUCAGAUGAUAUUUUCCAAUCCCUAAGAGAGUCGGAGCUCAGACGUCACACUAUUUACUUCCGUUCACCCCAGAUCGAGUAUAGGCCAAUGUUGCUGCAGCUCACAAUGGAUGCAGUGGAGAAAAAUAAGCUAUCCAGAACAACACUACAUCUUGCUAUAUAUUUUCUAGAUUGUUUUAUGGAUAGCUAUACAAUACGUCCUGACAAACUAAAUCUAACCGCCAUAACAUGUCUUAUGAUCGCAGCAAAAAUUGAAGAGGCUGAUAUGGAUAUGCCAAAAUUCGCGGACCUGAACAGAUUGAUGGGCAAAAAUUAUAAUUUGCAAGAAUACAGAAACGUUGAACGUAAAGUGCUGAGCACAUUCAAUUUUAAUGUAAUUCGGCCAACUUCGGCUGCCUUCGCUGAAUACUUUGCAAACAAUUUGGUGACGCUGCAGGAUUUUCAUACAUUUGUCAAUAAUUGGAAUAACGAAAUAUCUACUAAUCGCUACCAACAUUUCCAUCAGCAAUUGCAGAGCUCGGAACACGUAAUGCCUCAUGCCAUGAUUUGUUCGCCUUGUCCCUACAGAACAUACGAGGAAAUGCUGAUUGUGUUAAGCAAACACUUCUUUGUAUUAAUAGAUGUUACAUUGAACUAUUAUAAAUUUGUAAAUGCGCGCCCUUCGAUAAUUGCGUCAGCUUGUAUAGCAGCGGUGAGACAAAUAAACGGAGUUUUUCCUAUAUGGACACCAUAUUUGAUCAAUUUAACCGAAUGCACGGACGAUAUAAUAUCCCCAUUUGUUGAAGCCAUAUUAGCUAUUUACCGUUUGCAGCAAUGUAAUGAGAAGUUACAGGUUGUACAAACGCCAAAUACGCCUAUAGCAAAUAACUGCUCUGGCGCUGCCAAUAUUAUAUGUGAUAGCCCUGAUUCUGGCAUUGUAUCGUGUAAUGAUACAAAGUCUAUGAAAUCUGAUAGUGAUGACGAUAUUGACAAUUGCGAAGCACAAGAUAAUGCUGAUACAGACGAUGAUGAAGAUGAACCAUACCAUUGUUUGGAAUAUCCACUGCUGUCGAAAAGAAGGAAAAUUUUGUAA